CUUGGCGCAUGGUGCUUUCCCUCCGAAACUUUUCUCGCAUCGGAAAAGCGCUCUGGGCUUUCCAUUUUCGGAAAAUUCGUCGACGGGAAGUGAUCGGGAACGGAACUAUUAGCGCGAGGUGAAGUAUUUUUCGCGCUAAAAGUUUUCCGCGUGAUUUUCACGUUUUUUCGCAGAAGAUAUUUCGGAAAAAAGUUGUUUUGAGUGGGUUUUGUAUUCGGAAUUUUAGAAGAUAGUUUGUAUAUCAAUAAUUAUUGUUGUAUUGUGAGAAAUAUUUACUGUUAUAUAGUUUGAUGUUGCUAAAUGUUUAAGCUGUAUUAAUUAACAUUAAUGAUAAUCGAACCUCCAAGAACAAAUUACAAAGAAAAAUGGCCCCAACAAGAUCUCUGCUAAUUUGGAAUACUCAUCUACCGAUGAAGCUAUCAACUUUUUUACAAAUACAACCUCAAGACUGCUUAUCCAAUCCUAACGAAACUUUCAUCUACCUAAAUAAGAAUUAACAACAUAAAGAACAUGGGUUCCAACGCGAAUAGCCUGGAUUACAGUGCAGACCAUCAAAAACACAUUUAUAUAAUGCCAGUAACGACAACUCAAAGUUCCAGCAACAACUACCUCAUCAACGACAGCCUGGACCGUGUCAAUUUAACGAAUUUAACCAACGAGGAACUCAGUGACUCUAUGUACCCUUUAGAAUUGGCACUGCCCUUCACCAUAGUGUACGCGGUGAUUUUUGUGACUGGUGUGGUCGGUAACAUUAGCACGUGCUUCGUGAUAGCAAAGAAUAAGAGUAUGCACACUGCUACGAACUAUUAUCUGUUUAGUUUGGCGGUUUCGGACAUGUUGUUGUUGAUUUCCGGUCUGCCACCGGAAAUGUACAGGAUUUGGAGCCCGAACACUUAUAUUUUCGGACAGAUUUUGUGUUCGUUGCAAGGGUUCAGUGCAGAAACGUCAGCGAAUGCUACGGUCCUAACCAUCACAGCUUUUACAGUGGAACGGUACCUAGCCAUCUGUCACCCUUUUCGUUCUCACAAAAUGUCCAAGUUGUCCAGAUGCGUCAGAGUCAUCAUUAUUAUCUGGUCCAUAGCCCUGGCCUUGGCCAUACCACAGGCUGCCCAGUUUGGCAUAGACGAAACAGUCGAGAAUGGAGAGAAAUGCACCCAAUGCACGGUGGUGUGGAACAUAUUCGAUCACGCUUUUGAGGCUUCUACUAUAGUUUUCUUUGUGAUCCCGAUGGUCAUCAUUACCGUGCUCUACAUUCUCAUCGGUAGACAACUCAAACAAUCUACCGCCAAAAGGCCAUCCCUGACUCAGCACAACAGCAACUCCACAUCUGCAGGCUACUCUACCUACAACAACGACAUCGCUAGGAGAAGACGUCAAACUCAGGCCCAGAACAGAGUAGUUAAAAUGCUCAUUGCUGUUGUUGCUGCUUUCUUCAUUUGCUGGGCUCCGUUUCACACUCAGCGACUCGUAGCUGUGUACCUGGCCAGUGCUUCGCCAGAAACUCAAGAAAAAUACUAUUAUCCGUACUUGUACUUGGUUUACACCAGCGGAGUACUUCAUUACGUGUCCACGUGCAUCAAUCCUUUGCUGUACCACAUCAUGUCGAACAAAUAUCGAAAUGCAUUUAAGAAAACAUUCCACAACUUCUGCUCGUCGAGCAAGAACCGCACCCGCAACUGCGCCGCCGUGCCGCUGCGCCUCACCACCAAAAAGGCUCCGGAUAAUUUUUUAGGGCGAGGGGCGCCAACGCAUCGUCCCCCAACGGUCGAUGCGAAAACGUCCUCUAACAACGGCCGCUGGAACAGCACCAGAUCCGCGAGCCACAAGUUCGCCAAGCUCAGCCCUCAAACCAGCCAGACGAGCUUCUCGUCGUCCAGGGCAGAGACCAGCCAGAAUCUGAUCAACAGAGACCCGUCAGCGAUGCUGCCUGCUGCUAUGCAACACUCGAAUUCAAGCUGCGCGUCGCUGAAAAGCAAAGUGCUGAGACUGUUUAAGACUGGACUGACGCAAGGACUGUCUACUCCUGUUAAACUGACCAGGAGCUCGAAUACUAUAAGUAAUUCUAGUUUAAAAGACACAGAUGAUAUGGAUUUGGUUUGUUCUGACUUAGUCAAUCACAUGCAGCAAGUUAAUGAGUUGCUAUAAGAUACAGUUGAUUAAGUUACGAAAAGUAUGCAUUGACAAACGUCCUUUAAAGCUGGAGUCUUACCGGAUCAAGCUACAACUUCAUCAAACUUAGUUUCCAGACCACCCAGACUAACUUCCCUUUAUCCAGAGCUAAGACCAGCUAGAAUCUGAUCAACAAAGACCCGUCAGCGAGGUUGCCUGCGGGUCUACAACACUCGAAUUCAAACUGCGCGUCGCUGAAAAGCAAGGUUCUGAGACUGUUUAAGACUGGACUGACCCAGAGACUAUCUACUCCUAUUAAAUUGACCAGGAGCUCGAAUACCAUAAGUAAUUCUAGUUUAGAAGACACAGAUGAUAUGGAUUUGGUGUGUUCUGACUUAGUCAAUCACAUGCAGCAGGUUAAUGAGUAGCUAUAAGUUACAGUUGAUUAAGUUACGAAAAGUAUGCAUUGACAAAGGUCCUUUAAAGCUGGAAUCUUACUGGAUCAAGCCACAAGUUCAUCAAACUUAGUUUCUAGACCACCCAGACUAACUUCCCUUCAUCCAGAACUAAGACCACCUAGACUCUGAUCAACAGAGACCCGUCAGCGAUGUUGCCUGCUGCUCUGCAACACUCGAAUUCAAGCUGCGCGUCGCUGAAAAGCAAGGUGCUGAGACUGUUUAAGACUGGACUGACGCAGGGACUGUCUACUCCUGUUAAAUUGACCAGGAGUUCGAAUACUCUAAGUAAUUCUAGUUUAAAAGACACGGAUGAUAUGAAUUUGGUUUGUUCUGACUUAGUCAAUCACAUGCAGCAGGUUAAUGAGUUGCUAUAAGAUAGAAUUUAUUAGGUUUUGAAAAGUAUGCAUUGAAAAGAGUCCUCUAACAGCCGCUGGACUAGCACCAGAAGCAUUAAGUUUGCAAAACUCGAUCAAAAUCAGUCAAUCAAGCAUGUCGUCGCCCAGCUGAGACCAGCCAGAAUUUGAUCUACAGAGACCUAUCAGUAUCGUUUAACAUUGCACUGAUGCCCUAUUUUACUACAACCCACUGGCAUAAAGUAUUUUCUGUGAUUUGUAAUGAAUUGGUCUUCAGUGAUCUCUUACUGAACAGACCACUAUAUUAGGAUGGCCACAGAAGGUUAUAUCUAUUUUAUUUUUAAUACCUUAUAGGCUUGAUGCUGCCACCAUCGGAGAAUAUCGUAAACUCUUAAGAAUAUCGAAAUUCUUAAACGACAUGCCAAUGCAUAACUAAAAAUAAACUUUUAAGUUCCUUAAUAAAAUGUUCUCUAACUGUAUUAUAAGGCUGGAUUCACACUAUGAGGCUAUUUUGUUUUAGUUGUUCAUUUCAUGAAGAAAAUAAAAAUACAUAAUUAAUAAGUUACAUUAUGUUUAAGUACUUAAUUAAAAAUAAAAAAAUAGUCUGUCCAACGACAGAAUACCUGACAGUGACAGUUGUUCUGUCAUUGCUUGUAUGUCAUCAAAUAUAUGUCGAAUUCUUCCUUGACUCAUUGGACAGACUUUACCUAAUAUGCUAAUAAAACAGUCAAUAAAUUUCUCAUUAAACUUCAUUUAUAAAAAUGUAAAACCCGAAAAAGACAAAAGAUAAAAUAUAUAUUGUAGCCUGAUAGGGUAGAUCUGGCUUAAGUAGUAGUUUUUUUUAUAGAAAAUUAUUUAGAGUAUUUUUAAUUGACAAAAUAUAAAUAAAGAUAAUUAUAUUGUUUUAACUCAUUUAACGGAGUGAAACAAAAAAAAUCUUACAAAUAUAUGAAUCCGAAUAUGAUAUUUAGAAUACUUAAGAUUUCAUAUUUUAAAUCAUACAUGUAUGGUAAGUUUAGUAGUGUAAAAUACACAAAGCAUUAUGCAAUGUAUAUACUAUGUAAAUAAUUAUUUUGCCACAAAAAAAAUGUUUAUAAAUGUUUUUAAUGUAUAGGGUGUACUAUGGUGAUACUAUAUUAUAUUUUAUUAUUUUAAAAAUGGUUCAAAGUCAAAGUUUUAAAAAGUACUUACUUUUAUUGUUAAAUAAAUUAGUAUCUAACACGCAAUAAUGUUUCAAUAUGUAUUAUAUGUAGCAUACGAUCAAAAAAAAAAACAGCGUCAAAGACAGCUGGGGAAUGACAAUCGAUUAUAAUUUUAGCGAGGUCAAGGACAAGUUUUAUGUCAAUUUUUAGUAAAUGACGUCUUGAGAUUGACCUUGACAAAAAUGUCUCCCUCCCUCUUUGACGCCGUUUUUUUUCGAUUAUACGGUAUAUAACAAUAAUAAAUUAAAAUGAGUGUACA